AUGUCAUACGAGAGCUAUCCGUUCAGGGCACCACCCUCAGCUCUGUUAAGAAAAUCGAGACACUGGAAGGUUGUGCAGUUAAGGCGUUUGGAAGCUCGAGAAUCAUUUUGCCGCACCCUGUCCACAUUAGUCCAGAAUGUGGACUGGAACUGUUUUGGGCCAGAUUCUGAUUUUCUUGGUCAACUGCUGUUCUUCUUCAAUGCAAAGCGAGGAGAGGAUGUUGACAUGCUUUGUAAAAUCUGCGACAUCCUUCUGCUCUACGUUAGAUCUGAUGGGGAUCUGGUGAGUCUCUUUGCUGGUGUAGAUAGCUCCAGAGUGAAAUCUGUCGUGGUUUACAGGUUGAGGAAACUUGCGUUUAUCUGUCUACAUGCUCUCCAUGAGAAGAGGUUUGAUUGGGCAUCAUCAGAAAUCAAACCAAUCCCCUUUCACCAAUUACUAGAAUUUGCAGUGUGCUUAAUGAAUCCAAACUUUCAAUGGAGCUGUGAAAUUGUUGAAUAUCUUCAAAUGAAGAAGGUUAAUUGUUUCUUUCGAGGGGUUAUUGCUGCUCUACUGCAAAGUGAAAGGCAUACAAAGUAUCUUGAUUGUUCAUCUGCACUGAGUAAGAUCCUCACACUUGUUGCUUCACAUGUUGGCAAUUAUAGUUGUCAUUGUUCGAGUGUGGAUCCAAGAUGGAGCUUUUCAUCACAAAUUCUGUCCAUCCCUUCUCUGUGGCACAGUUUACCAGAUUUUAAGAAGGCUUUCUGUAGUAAUGGAUUUAUCUCAAAUUAUAUCCUUGAGAUAGCAUCUUGUGCUGAUGUUCUUCCAACGGACAUACUGGCUAAUCAUCCUGGACAAGCAUGCCUCCUUGCCAAUGUACUUGAAACUGCAACCUGGAUUUUGUCUGAACCAGACUUCGCUCCUGAAAGCAGAGCUGAAAUCAUUGGCCUUUGUACAUCACUGCUGGAUGGAUUCCCAAAAAUCACAUCACCUAUAUUGACAGUAAGUCAUUUACAUGUAAAGCAGAACAACAUUCCAUCUCUUUGCAUUGUAGUUAGCUAUAUAUGCAGCAUUUGUGUUCCAUUUCUCUGGAGGUCUUCAUGA